AUUCGAUUCCAUUUCCAUCCCGUUUCCCCCGAAAAUUCCCCACCCGAUUUCGACUCAACCGCCUCUCCGUCUCAAACUAGAUUCCCCCCAACCCAUGCCGUCCCCGUCCCUCUCCGCCGCCGCGGUGGCCAACCCGGUCUCCCCGCUAGCCCUAGACCCUAGCCCCGCCGCCUCCCGCCCCGCAGCCGCCGCCACGGCCGCUCUGCGCAAGCGGUCCGUCCUCCUCCUCGACCAGCGCCCGCACCCCUCUACCCCGACUUCGCGCGCGGCCACCGCCGCCGCGCCGCCGCUCUCCCAGGCGCGGCGGAAGAGGGGGCUGUCGUCCUCGGGCCGCCCGAGAUGGCAGACCGCUCUCAGCGUCGCCGCCAAGAACGCCGCCCUCCUCGCCGUGCUCCUCUACCUGGGCGACCAGGCCUGGCGCUGGGCGCACCCGGCUCCUCCCGCGCUGCUCGACGACGUCGCGCUUGCGGCCUACAACGCGCGCGUCGACGACGUCGAGGCCUCCCUCGUCCGCGCCCUACGGGCGCUGCAGGUUCAGGUCGAGGCCGUGAACCGCAAGAUCGACGGUGAGGUUGGGGCCGCACGGGGCCACCUCGCGGCGCUGCUCGAGGAGAAGAGGCUGGCCCUGGAGGCACAGCUCAGCCGGCUCGAGUCUAGGACCGAUGAGUUGAACGACUCUCUGGGCGGGCUCAAGCAGAUGGAGUUCCUCAGGAAGGACGAGUUUGAGACUUUCUUAAAUGAGAUAAAGGAGAGCCUGGGCCCAGAUUCGGGUAGUGAGGUCGAUCUGGACCAGCUCCGCUUGGUGGCCAAGGAGAUCGCCAUGAGGGAGAUUGAGAAGCAUGCUGCCGAUGGGAUUGGCAGGGUGGACUAUGCUGUGGGGUCGGCUGGGGGAAGAGUUAUGCGCCACUCCGAGGCGUAUGACGCUGGGAAACGUGGUGGCCUCCUUUCUGCUUUACCAUUUGGCGGUGGAGACAAAGGCGAUCCGUCGCAGAAGAUACUUCAGCCGAGCUUUGGGGAGCCCGGCCAGUGCUUACCCUUGAAAGGGAGCAGUGGGUUCGUUGAGAUCCAGCUAAGGAAGGGGAUAAUCCCUGAUGCGAUCACACUGGAGCAUGUCUCCAAGGAUGUGGCGUAUGAUAUGUCCACAGCACCAAAGGACUGCCGUGUAUCUGGGUGGUAUCAAGGGCCACCUACCGAAACCCCCCCAAGUCAUGCUGCAAAGAUGUCUACCUUGACCGAAUUCACUUAUGAUCUAGCCAAGAACAAUGUCCAGACAUUCGAUAUUACUGUGGCAGAUGUUAGUGUUGUCAACAUGGUUAGGCUGGACUUCGCUUCGAACCAUGGAAGCUCUGCUCUGACAUGCAUUUACCGCAUCCGGGUGCACGGGCAUGAGCCAGUCACUCCAGGAAUUUCUAGUUAAUUACACAGAUGAGAUGGAGAAUCCUGUAACUCUACUUUUGUAUGUGUCUUGCUUUAGGGUUAUUCCUCUGGGCCACUUGCUAGUUUCAGUCUAGGAUCUUGUCAUGUUCACACUGUAAAAAAGGUAAUUGUCGUUUGUGCAAUCUUCCUAGUUCAAUGAUAGUAGAUUGGUAGAAUGCACAGUUUGUGCCGUCCAUAGGUGGCUACUAUCCUUUUGGUGCAGUACUUCUGGCGAUUGUUUGAACUGAAGCAGGUUUGUUGGAGAGAAAUGGGAAAUUUGUCACCCAUUCUUAUCGCCCUUUAUAUUGUAAUGGAUGUUUUAUGUACUCCUUCCGUUUCAUAAAGAUUGACGUGGAGGGAGUACAACUUU